AUGCCCUUGUCGAAAUCUUUGUCGAAGAUUCAAAAGAAUCAGAAGGGAAAGAACGUCACUAUCCAUCCAAAAGGUCGAAAAUUCCAGAAGCUGGCGACUGCCACAUUACGUGAAGACAAGAUUGCCGCCAAGAAAAAAGCAUACAAUGACCGUAGAUCCCAUGAACUUGGUCGUGUAAAGUUCAUUCAAGAUGUGAUGAACUUGGAUUCUUUCCAAGAUAAAGCCACCUUUUCGCUAGAAGAAACUGUCAUAUUCAUAAAAGAGUUCAUUUCUCGCGACGAUGAGGAACUGGAGGAAUUGAAGAAGAAAAGAAGAUCGAACAGGCCACCCGCUAACAGACAGAUCAUUUUGCAACAAAAAAGAGACUUCGAAAUGAAAGAAUUGGAAACUGGUUUUUUAAUACCAGACCUUAGCGAUGCCAAGAAUGUAGAGUUUCUCAGAAAAUGGAACCAGACUUUUGGUUCUAUGAGCACCUUAAGGCAGAUCAGAGUCAAUGAUAAGGCUCAAAAAGUAGUUGGUGGCAGUAAAAAUGUUGUCGACUCCUCGAUUUCGAAGUCCGCGGACGUUGAAAUGAAGGAGUGA